CACCGUUACAUAGGACAUGACCUGCAACUGUGUGGCCUGCCAAAGGGAAGUUGAAGCUGGAAACAAACCAGUCCACGAUAAACAGUUCACCAACUGUUCACUACCAAUAUCCACCGUUACAUAGGACAUGACCUGCAACUGUGUGGCCUGCCAAAGGGAAGUUGAAGCUGGAAACAAACCAGUCCACGAUAAACAGUUCACCAACUGUUCACUACCAAUAUCCACCGUUACAUAGGACAUGACCUGCAACUGUGUGGCCUGCCAAAGGGAAGUUGAAGCUGGAAACAAACCAGUCCACGAUAAACAGGUAUUGAGUGCGAAAAAUUGAAGCUAGAAAUUGGCUUUGUGAUUGACCGAGAUUAUUACAGUUGCUAAUAAUCGUCUCACAGUACAAGGGCUUCAAUUGGCAUCUCGUGUAUCCAUUUCUUAUAUGCAAAUAAACUUAUAUACUUAUAUAUAUACAUAUCUAUAUACAUAUACAUAUACUGCCUAUGAAGUGAAGGAUACAGUGGGACCCGAGGUAGAGGAACUUAUUUGUCGCCAAAUAAUUUGCGAGUACUAUUUUUCGGUUUAUUUUCGGGAUUUUUUCAAAAAAUCAAACGAAAUUGCGGUUUCUUAAUCAGCCGCAAUAUUUUCAAAAAAAAAUUUUUUUUUUUUUUUCGACAAUACAAAUUUUGUUUGAGCAAAUUUUGAGUUCGCUGCUUAUUUUCGUUGGUUCUGGUCAAGUUUCAGCUAUUAUAUACCUAUUUCAGUAUUUAUCGCUUUCGUUUUCGUUUUCGUGCUGACAAACUUCCAGAACCGUUUUCAUUUUACAAAAGCCACAUGCUAAAGCAGCGAACUUUAAUCUCAAAACAUGAGUAAACCAAAGUCGGCUAUUUCAAGUCUCUCUCCAAGUAAGGAGAUGAUUGAGUUAAAGUCUUUAAAGCGCCAGAGAACCAGCAUAGUGCGCAUAAAAACGGGUCUCCUUGAAAAGACCAUGUCGCUAGAUCCAAUCGAAUUAGAGUGCCGACUCGACAUAUUGAACUCCCACAGCGAAAAACUCAUGAAAUGUCAGUCGAAAAUUGAAACAUCUUUUACUGCACCUCAAAGCUCGCGACUACCAAAAAUGUCGUUACCUACGUUCAAAGGAGAAUAUUCCGAGUUUCAAAACUUUAUGAGUCUGUUUGAGAGUUUCGUGCACAAUGAUCCCACAAUCCCGGAUAUUGAAAAAUUUAAUCAUUGAGUAUCAUGUCUAUCCGGUGAAGCCUUAGGCACAGUGAAGUCCUUCCAAAUGUCGGAAGAAAAUUAUCCAAAGGCGUUGGCAAGUUUGAGAAAGGUGUAUGACAAUAAAUGCCUGAUAUUCUUUAAUACAGUGUCUAAACUUUUUGAAUUGUCAAAAAUCCAAAGGCCUUCUGCGUCGUCUUUGCGAUCAAUGAUUGAUACAGUGUCUGCAGUAUAUGACUCCCUCUUAUCGCUGAGUGGCGAUAAACUUAUUUCAAAUGCGAAGUUGGUUCACAUAGUCAUGUCGAAGGUUGAUCCCACUACUCGGUCAAAGUGGGAGGACAACUUGACUAAAGCUGCCGCUUUGGGCUGAGUGUGAAGCUAUGCUAAACAAGAGAUACCAGCAUUUAUCAGCUGAAGAAGCUUCCUCAUCCCAACAAAGGCCAAAUAAUGAAGAUACGCGGCAGAAAACAAAAAAUCAACAACUGCGACACUCAAAGACAACAUUUAUCGCGACGAAUUCCAAACUGCCGACUUGCCUUCACUGUGGUUCUAAGGAUCAUUAUUUGACAGCUUGUCCAAAAUUCCAAGCGCUUACUGCACUUAAAAGAUUUGAAUUAGCAAAAUCUAUUUCCCUGUGCAUAAAUUGCUUGCGCAAGGAACAUACGGUCUCAAAGUGCAAAGCAGAUCGCUGUGGUGUAUGCAACCGUUCGCAUCACACCAUGUUGCACCAAUAUCCGAUCUCCUUUGAGACCGAGCCGCAACCUUCGACGUUACAGGCCAUGCAUAUUAGCAGCCUGUCUGACCGAGUCAUGUUAGCUACAGCCGUUGUUAAUGUAAAGGCCAGCUCCGGUGUUUACGUGUAAGCGCGAGCUCUACUUGACUCCGGUUCUAAAGUCAACUUUAUAACCGAAGAGCUUAUGCAGAAAUUGCGAAUCCGAAAAGAAAAAUUCGCUCUAAAUAUAGUUGGAAUUGGCAAUCCAAAUAAAAGGGUCCAAGGUAAACUAAAAACCUAUAUAAAAUCGAGGAUCAACAAUUUUGAGUUUUCGGCGGACUUUUGGGUAAUGCUUUCGAUAUCAGUAAAUCAUCCAGAUCGGACUGUAAACACAAAUGGCUGGAAAAUCCCACAUAAUAUUGAACUAGCUGACCCAAGUUUCUACAAGUGUCAGAAAAUAGACAUACUUUUAGGAGCUGAAAUAUUCUUUGAUCUGUUAUCGGUGGGUCAGAUCAGAACCAGCCCAAGGCAGCCAACGCUGCAAAAAACUGUGUUAGGCUGGAUAAUUUCAGGCAAGUAUGCCACAAAUAAUAGCUCCAGUGCCCAAGUAAGUAGCACAUUAUGUCAAUUUGAAGAAAGCGUUGCUAGCAUUGAUACUACAAUCCGAAAAUUCUGGGAAUUGGAAGAAAUACCUGCACAAGUAAAUUUCACACGACUGACUCCAGAGCAGGCAAAAUGUGAGGAAUUUUUUUCGAAAACCCAACAGGUUUUACCAUGUGGAAGGCUUCAAGUCAGACUGCCUUUCAAAACCGACCGUAAAUUACUCGGACAUUCGUAUGAAACCGCAGCUCGGCGGUUUCAGGCGCUGGAGAGAAGGACGCUGAAAGAUCCAGUACUUCGUAAAAUGUACCUGGACUUCAUGCAAGAGUAUCUCGAAUUGGGGCAUAUGAGUCCACCAAAUAAUCGACCCUCGAGUGAGCCGCACUAUUUCAUUCCGCACCAGUGUGUGUUAAGACCGCAGAGCACAACUACCAAGUUGCGCGUAGUUUUUGAUGCUUCGAGUCGCACAUCAACACAAGUCGCGUUGAAUGAAACCUUGAUGGUCGGACCGAUCGUUCAAGAGGAGCUUUUUUCGACCCUCCUUCGCUUCCGAUUGCACAAAUAUGCCAUGACUGCCGACAUCACGAAGAUGUAUCGUCAAAUAUUGGUGCACGAAGACGACAGGAACUUCCAGCUCAUAGUGUGGAGACAGGAUCCAUCGGAGCAUUUGCAAAUUUUUCGAUUAAACACCGUAACAUACGGCACAGCGCCUGCACCAUUUCUCGCCACACGGUGUCUGCAAACGCUAAGCGACAAAAAUAAAGCCAAAUAUCCACUCGGUUCCAAAGUCAUUCGGAAUGACUUUUACGUCGACGACCUAUUAAAAGGAUCCCACAGUAUAGAAAGCCUCACCCAGAUACAACAGGAAGUAAAUACAAUUUUAGAAUCGGCAGGCCUGAAAUUAGCAAAGUGGUUUUCCAAUCAUACAAGCUCAUCGAAUAGUGAGAGUCUCCAAAAAUUAUUGCAGCUCAGCGAUACCGACUCCACCAAAACGCUGGGAAUCCACUGGCAGCCGAAAGAUGACAUUUUUCGCUUCAUUCUGGAAGAUAAUUUUAGCGAGCUGCGAGCAACUAAACGUAAUAUUUUAUCAGUUUCCGCUCGCCUCUUUGACCCUCUUGGUUUAUUAGCCCCGCUAGUUACCAAAGCUAAAAUCUUAUUACAAGAGCUUUGGAUUCAAAAGCUAGACUGGGAUGAGUCGAUUCCAUUGCGGCUUGACACUAGCUGGCAAAACUUUAAAGCCAAUUUGUUGCAGCUUCCAUCAAUUAGCAUUCCUCGGUAUGUAAAUACAGUAGGGGUGUGCGAAUCCCAUUCGAUUCGAUAUUCGAGUCGAAUAUCGAAUAGUUCGAAAUAUUCGGAAUUUCCGAAUAGUUUGAAAUAUUCGAAUAAUUCGAGCGAUUUGAAUUAUCCGAAGAAAUAAAAUCCUAAACAGGUUAUUCUAUUAUAGUAAUUCUACAUAAUAAAAAUAAAAUAAAUUUUCUAUCAUUUAAUUAUCGUUGAAUAU